AUGCCGAUGCUGGAGGAACUUGCGAAAUCGUUUGAGGAACUUGCUCAUUCUUUGCAAUUGGAAUCAGGUCUUAAGAUUUUGCGGCUCGUUUCUGCUUGUGGCCACAUCACCACUUUCAUCAGUCACUUUGGAUCCAAUUUUGCGUCAGUCCAAAGAGAAUUUAGGAAAAAGAUUGGAGUGCUAAAGAAUGCAUCGGAGGCAGACCAUACUCUUGUUUUUGUUGCUGACUUAAUUGUUCAGGAUAGGAAAACGAGAAGGCCACCGGAAAAAUGGUAUAAUUCGAGAGACCUUGUGAGAGUGAAGCGUUCAAUCGCCAUGCUCAGGGUAAUAUUUGAGCAAAUUCUAAAGAAUAAUAGGAAAGAUUCCCUAACUGGUCCAGUUAACGUGGCAUAUGACAACAUUCUUGCUCCAUACCAUAGCUAUAUUGCUAAUAGAUUUGUCCAUCUGUUCACAAUGGUGGAAGACCUUCCUACAAUGGAAAAACUCUUGGAACAACUAGGGGAAACUUGGGAUUCAGCAGUGGAUCACAUGGACAGGUAUGUUAAGGCAUCCAAAUAUGUUACAGACCACAUUGAGAACUUAUUUAACUCAUAUGGGUUAGCUGCAGUGCUCCAAUUCGAAGAAUGCUGAUGGUGGAGAACUUAACUCAACGUAAUGCAUGUAGUAACCUCAUGAUGUGCAAGGUUA